AUGGCGGGCGGCUCCGAGCCUUUCCCGCCGCUUAGCAUGGCAGCCAAUCGCCAGUUCCAAUCCACGACGGCAGACAAUAAUGCCCCUCGCCGCCGGAGAAAGUCCAGCAUCCUUGGGAGCGAGUUGCGACUCGGCGACACGGGCGCCCCUUCAAUAGCAACCGGCAUUGCUCAUCUCAGCGGCAAGCAGGAGCCAGCACUAAGCCCCGCGACACCCUCCAAGCGAUUCUCCAAGCGUCGAAAAGCCCGAUCCGCCUUACGCCGCGCGAAAAGCAUCGCUGUCAAGCACACCUGGGUCCUGCCGCUAGUCAUCCUGUUCGCCUUCCUACUGCUAUACGUCGUCAACCCGACCGAGAGCAACCCGAUCCACCAUUUCAUAUUCUUGUCGUACCGGUUGCCCGUGUCCAGCCCCGACGAGCUCCCGCAAUAUGGCAAGGGCCUCUGGGACAUCGCCUUCGUCUCCUUCUACACCGUCGUGCUCUCCUUCACCCGCGAAUUCAUCAUGCAAGAGAUUCUGCGCCCCUUGGCCCGCUACGCCGGGCUCAAUUCCCGCGGAAAGCAGGCCCGCUUCAUGGAGCAGAUGUACACGGCCCUUUACUUUGGCAUCCUGGGACCCACCGGCAUGUACGUCAUGAGUCGCACUCCCGUGUGGUACUUCAACACCCGCGGCAUGUAUGAGAACUUCCCGCACCAGACCCACGACGCCGUCUUCAAGUUCUACUACCUCUUCCAGGCCGCUUACUGGGCCCAGCAGGCCAUCGUGCUGCUGUUGGGCAUGGAGAAGCCGCGCAAGGACUUUAAGGAGCUGGUCGGCCACCACAUUGUCAGCCUGGCUUUGAUCGGCCUGAGCUACCGCUUCCACUUCACCUACAUGGGACUGGCCGUGUACAUCACUCACGACAUUUCUGACUUUUUCCUUGCCACCUCCAAAACCCUCAACUACCUCGACCACUGGCUGACGGGCCCCUACUACUUCACCUUCAUGUGCGUGUGGAUCUACCUGCGUCACUACCUCAACCUGCGCAUCCUCUUCAGCCUCUUCACCGAGUUCAAAACAGUCGGGCCCUACGGUGUCAACUGGGAGACCCAGCAAUACAAGGGCACCUUGUCCUUCGUCAUCACCCUCGCCCUCCUCAGCUCGCUGCAGGCUCUCAACCUGUUCUGGCUCUUCUUCAUCCUGCGCAUCGCCUACCGCUUCGCCGUCCACAACGUCGCCAAGGACGACCGCAGCGACGCCGAAGAGUCGGAGCUGGAGGAGACUGCUGCCCCGGCGGUAAACGGCAAGGCCGCGGCCGUAGCGAACGGGACUGCCAAGAGCUACGCUGCUACGGCUGCCGUUGAUGCCGCUACGAACGGCGCGGCGAAGAAGCGCAAGUAA